CAUAAGCUCAAGAGCUCUGCUUAGAUUCGGUGUUCCUGCAUGGGCUACAUCAGUCUACGCACAACUAGAGUCUGUCAUCUUUGCACCCAGGAACCAUCGCUAGGGCAAAGUCUGACAUUGAGAUUCGGAUUUGGAAUAGCACUCAAGCCUAUGUCUGUUUCCCCCGCAAAACAAGUAGGCAACGCCAUCAUGGACCCCCUUGGUAUACCAACCAAUCAUCUCGGAUGUAUCGGUCCAUUUGACGAACGCGAGGAACUUGGAGGAUUUGGAAUUGGGUUUACUCCAAGGAUGUCGGUAACUAUAAGAGACGACUGCGAUCCGCGCAGAGGAUACACAAUUAUCUUUAAGAUAGUGUACCAACACCUCAUAUUAUCAGUAAUACACAAUGACCAGGAAAAGUUCAGCUAUCCUGGCGGGUUUCGCUGCCGCGGCUGCGGCUCGUCAAUGCCAGAACCUGACGAUCCCGAUCACUAUCUCUGCACGAAACGGAAUAUUCAAUCUCGCAGCACCUGAGACGAACGUUGACGUAACGAACUUCAUUCUUGAUCUCACACAGCCUGGCAACAACCUUACAAAUAAGGCUUUGACUGGCUAUGCCACCAUCGCUGGCACCUACAAAGUCGAAGCCACAUACUGCGAGCCUGAUGCUGGCCCAGGCAAGGCCCUCCAGGUGCUGACACACGGUAUUGGCUUUGACCGGUCAUACUGGGACUUGUCCGCCAACAACUACAACUACAGUUACGUGAACCAGGCCCUCGACCGGGGCUACUCGACUUUCUCUCACGACCGCCUGGGCAUUGGCCAGUCGCAGCACGGAGAGCCUGUCAACGAGAUUCAGUCCUUCCUCGAGGUCGCCGCGCUCACCGAGCUAUCGAGACUUCUACGCGGGGGCGAGAUCGAGGGCGUCUGCCACCACGACAAGCUCGUACAUGUGGGCCACAGCUUCGGCUCUAUCCAGACCUACGGACUUGCGGCACAGUCGCCAGAACUCACCGACGCCAUCAUCCUGCAGGGCUUUAGCCAGAACGCGACGUACGUGCCGUUCUUUGAGCUUGGCGGAAAUUUUGUCCAGGCCAACUUGAACGAGGCAUUAGCUGACUAUGAUGACGGAUAUCUUGCUGCCGGCGACGAGACCGGUGUUCAAAUCAACUUCUUCGCGCCCGGUCAAUUCGACCCCGCCAUACUGGAGGUUGCUUUCAACACUGGAAAGCCAGUCACCGUUGGCGAGUUGUUGACUAUCGCUGGCCCGGCCAGUGUGGAAAAUGCUUAUCCUGGACCAGUUCUGGUUGUUACUGGAGAGCGUGACAUCCUCUUCUGUGGCGGAAACUGCACGAGUUCGGACCCUUCUAUCCCAGCAAUGGUUGAGGAGUUCUUCACCAACGCUAGCUCUUUUGAUGCCUUCAUUAUCCCUGGCGCUGGGCAUGGUCUCAACUUGGAAUAUACUUGGCCAGUCACAUAUAAGACAAUGCUUGAUUUCUUCGAUGGAGAAAUCUAGAUGGCGUAUUACGGCAGAGAUGAUAUGGUCCAAUACCGUGAACAAUCCACGACAACAUAAUUAUAAUGUAGUGCAUAUAAUUCAUGUCUUAUAGCCACUGACAAUGCAAUCUGCC